GAGUCCUGGCCCUUUAAGGGUGUGUGUCAAGGGGCGGAGUCUAGGGCGGAAGUUGUAAGUCCGGGCCGAAGUCCGGCUGACGAAGGGCGGAAGUUGAGUUUGGGGCCCAAGCCGCAAUCAUGGCGCUGGAAGGGGAAAAUGUUAGAGAUUACAAUUUGACUGAGAAGCAGAAGGCGAUCAAGGCCAAGUAUCCUCCAGUCAAUCGGAAGUACGAGUAUUUGGAUCAUACAGCUGAUGUUCAGUUACACGCAUGGGGAGAUACUCUGGAGGAAGCAUUUGAGCAAUGUGCAAUGGCCAUGUUUGGUUAUAUGACAGAUACUGGGACAGUGGAGCCCCUCCAAGCAACAGAAGUAGAAACCCAAGGAGAUGACUUACAAUCUCUUCUGUUUCACUUUUUGAAUGAAUGGCUUUAUAAAUUCAGUGCUGAUGAAUUCUUCAUAGCCCGGGAAGUAAAAGUACUUAAUAUUGAUCAAAGAAAUUUCAAAUUACGGUCAAUUGGGUGGGGAGAAGAAUUCUCAUUGUCCAAGCACCCUCAGGUGAGAAUGUGGAGAACUGCUUUCAUCUUGCCAGCCACCGCUAUAAAAAGAGGAGCGUUCUAUACCAUCAGAACUGGCAUUUUUAUCCGAAAGGCUGAAAUAGCGAUCCUUUUCUUUUUCACUAAUGUCUAAUGAAGAUUUAAUAAAGGUCUUACAUACACUAAUGACAUCAGUCAUCUGAAGGAAGCUAGCAGCGGACAUCACUUCUAUGACAUUCUGACCUGUGAGAGAGAGCUUGCCGGAAUAGACAAAGUCCAGGAUAACUGUAAAAGUGUCAGGGGAGAAAGCCUGAAACGUUGCUGUGGUUGGCUGACUUGUCUCCUUGGAGUUCUGGGAAAGAAGCAUUUUAAAGUAGCCGCUACUAGCAAAUAAUACAUUUCGAUGGGCUUUAAAGACCUUUCCUUCAACCAGAAUACUGCAGUCACAAAAUACAUCCUGCCUGCGCUGCUCAUUCAGUUGUUGCAGGAGGUGAGACUGAUGAGAGGAGAUCUCCAUUCUAAAGAGGAAAAGAAACAGUGGUUACCAAAAAUCGGAGUAACACUGCUUCUCUGAGUCAAGUAAAAUGACAGUCAGAAACCUCUGUCCUUUUUCCAUUAAAAACACUUUCUCCUUAGAGAAUAUCGUCUCCAAGACACAGAAGAUAAUGGGUUUCAGGAUAUCAUGUAAGACUCUACUCUUAGUUAGUUAUUACAUUUUUAGACAAUUAUUUGUUCAGUCACUGAACCUGAUUGAGCAUCUUCUAUAAAUCAGGCCUUCUGCUAUAUAUGGUGAACUAAACAGGCUUGAUUCUUGCCUCCAUGUAGUUUUUAAUCUAGCCGGGUACCAGCUUGAAAUAAAUACUCAUAUGAAGUUAUAAAUGACAAGUUAAGUGCUAAGACAGAAGGAGCGUGCUCUUAGUAUAAAAAGGUGAACUAGUUUAGAUUGGGAUGGAGAGGGUUAGGGAAUACCUCUCCAAGAAGUCACAUUUAAGCUGAGACCUCAAAGAUGACUAGGAAUUAGCCAGGUGAAGAAUGAAGGGAGAAGAUUUCUGAUUCCAGCAAAAUGGUGGUCUAGAAAAGUGCUGAAACUUUGCUGUCACAAAUCUCUAGAGAUGCUGGCUAAAUACUGCCAAGGCUUUAAACUGUAUGGCUGAGCUGCUGGGGCAGCAACAUGGGCUCCGGUUUUUAUCAGUAACAGAAACUGGAACUCUCUAAGGAUUCAACCGUAAUGAAAAAGGACUAGUAAACUUUGCCCCGAAGUCCAGGGAAAAGGCAAAGAAAGUUUGUCUUUGUAGGGCCUUAGUUGGGAAGAAAAAAAUCCCUAGGUGAGAUAUCAAACCCAAGGUUGUGCUUUGUGAGGUUCUGGAGUCCAAAUUUAUUUUACCUGCUUGGUGUGGGAAACCUUAAACUAAAAAAUUACCAUGAGAAUUAGUCCUGGGCUGGUGGUGUCUGUGGGGACACCUUGCAGAAGCAAAUGCCAACCUGCUCAGGAGGGAAGCUCUCAGAACCCAGGCCAGGUGGGAAAUAAGCUCUGCUUAAACUGAACUCAGUCAUUCCCGUCUCCGUACAGAGUGGAUCAUUUCCAAUAUUGUACCACCAUGAUGUCUAAUAUGGCCUAUCUUUAAAACUCCCCUUGAUUUCACAUCUAUUUCUGGCUACAACUCCAUUUCUCUGCUCCCUUUACACACAGUUCAUUGAAAGAGUUUUUUGUCUUGGUUUUUUCAUUUGCUAUCUUCACUUCUCGCAUUCUAAUCAGGUUUCCAUCCCCAUCCAUCAAAACCCAUUUUUUGAAAGAUCAUUAGUAACCUGCAUGUUGUCAAAUCCAAUGGUCACUUCUUUGUCCUCAUUUUACUGACACAGUGGAUCACUCUUUUCAUCCUUUCAAACACUUGUUGCACUUACUUGGCUGCCAGGACACCACUCCUUCAUGGUUCUUCUACUGCUCACUCCUCAGUCUCCUCUCCUGGCUCUUCCUUGUCUAAUCUCUAAGUGCUUUGGGAUUCAGGACAUGCUACCCCCCAAGAUGGCACCUUGGCAUACUGAGUAUUUUGAACUGAAGGAGUCUGAGUGAACAGCAGAAGCAGGAAGGUCACUCUGACACCCCCUCCCUUUUCCACUGCAACAGAUCACAAAACCCUCAGGUGAGAGGUGUCCACCCUACACCCAGAGGAAAGGAGCCUCCUUAUCUCAGAAGACAAAGGGACGCUGAGAAGACUCUGAACAAACAGGCUUUGCUGGGUGUGCCCCAGUUUUCUAACCUUACCUCUUACUCCUUAUUCUACCACAUUCUUCCACGACUCUCCACUCUUCACCAAGCCUAGCAUAAAAAUACUCAGGUCUGUCUCUUCGGGCCUUCAUUUCCUUAUGCAGCCUUCUGUGUCAUGUAAAAUUUAUAUUGAGUAAGUUUGUAUGCAUUUCUCCUGCUAAUCUGUUAGUUUGAUUUUCAGACACAGCCCGGAAGAAGGUCAAGGAAAAUUUUUUCUCCCCUACAGCUGGAAUGUCGCGGGCCUCAGAGCUCAGACCUCUCCUCUACUUAUAUCAUUCCCUAGGUGAGCCCAUCCAGUCUCAUAGCUUUAAAUACCAUUUUACAUAUCUAGCCCCUGACCUCUUCCCUGAACCUCAGACUCAAAUUAUCUGUUUAUCUGCAUCUCCACUUAGAUGUUUAAUAGGCAUCCUGAGCUCAACAGAUCCCAAACCACUCUUCAUUCAUCCUCAUCUUAAACCUGCCUUUCCUAUAGUCCUAUCCAUCUCAGGAAAUGGUAACUCCAUUCCACUUAUUUAGACCAAAAACAUGAAGAGUCAUCUUUGACUGUGUGUUGUCAGCUUUACCUUCAAAACAAAUCCAAAAUCCUACCACUUCUGUGCUACUGCUGUUACCACUUCACUCCAUCACCUAUUAUCAACAGCCUCCUAAUUAGUCUCCUUGCAACUUCAGUCUAGUCUGAAUACAGCAGCCAUGGUGACGCUUCUGAAACACGAGUGAAAUCAUGUUACCCCUCUGCACAAAACUCUCCAAAGAAAGGUUCCCCACCCAACCCCAAAGUUCUUCUCAUGACCUACACCAUCUGCAUCCUGCCCCUCCUGGAACCUCUCUGCCCGCAUCCCUUCUGCUCUACCCCUCACACACUGCAUUCCAGCUCCAAAGACCUCUGCUUGUUCCCAAACAUUCAAGGCAUGUUCCUGUCAUGCAGCCUUGUACUUGCUAUGCCUUCUGCUUGGAAAUGCUUCCUCCAGAUAUACACAUAGCUCACAUUCUCACAUUUUCUAGGACUCUGCUCAAAUGUCACCUUAUCCUUUACCAUUUCCUUUACCAUUAGCCAGGUGAAGAAUGAAGGGAGAAGAUUUCUUCUCCCAUUACCGUUCUUUUUAAAAAAUUAAUUAAUUAAAAUAAAUUAAUUUAAAUAAAGGCUUUCCUUUACCAUUCUUUUAAAAUUAAUUAAUUAGUUAAUUUUUGGCUGCGUUGGGUCUUCGUUGCUGUGCGCGGGCUUUCUCUAGUUGAGGCAAGCAGGGGCUACUCUUCGUUGCAGUGCGCAGGCUUACUGUGGUGGCUUCUCUUGUUGUGGAGCACGGGCUCUAGAGUGCAGGCUCAGUAGUUGUGGUGCACGCGCUUAGUUGCUCCGUGGCAUGUGGGAUCUUCCCAGACCUGUGUCCCCUGCAUUGGCAGGUGGAUUCUUAACCACUGCACCACCAGGGAAGCCCCCUUUACCAUUCCAUGUAAGCACCUCCUCCCACUCUCCGUCCCCUUUCUCAUUUACUCUUUGUUUUCUCCUACUAGAAUUUAAGGUCCAAGAGAGCACCGUUUGCCUGUUUUGUUUACUUAUAUAUUCCCAGCUCCUUGAACAGCACUUGAGCAAACAACAGCUGCUCAAUCAAUGCUGUUGAAUGAAUGAGUCAAAAAUAUUAAAAUACACAAGGCAAUUGUUCUUUAUAAAGAAGAAUCAGCAGGCAUAACAAGCAGAGAAUUAGAACCCCAAGAAUUUGAGAAAAAUAGUACAAAACUCUAAUAGGCUAUUAAAUAAGUAUGUUUAAAAUGAUCAAAGAUAAAAGGUGAUGUAGACUAGCACAUAGUUAUGAGCACAGACACUAGAACCAGAUAGCUUGAUUGGAAUUCUAGUGCUAUCACUUAACUAGCUGUGUGAACCUGGGCAAUGUAUUUAACCUUUGUAUUGCUGUUUCCUUAUCUGUAAAGUGGAACCAAAAAUAGCACUUAUUUCAUAGGAUUAUUGUGAGGAUUGAAUGAGUUGAUGUACAUAUACCACUCAAAACAGUGUUCGGCAUGUAGUAAGUACUUCACAAAUUUUAGCUAUUCUCCUUUUAUUUUAUUAUUAUUAUCCAUAAGAAAAGGAAAAAAAAGAAGAGGUACGUUUGAAGAGGAAUCAAAUGAAUUUAAUAUAUGAAAAAUAUAAGUAAUGAAAUUAAAACACCUCAUGCUGCAAGAUGAGUGCCCCAUCUGCAGUCUCAUGUCCAUAUUCCUGGCAGGAAGAAGACAAAAAGACAAAAGGCAAUUACCAGCCCAGUCUUAUUUUCUUUUUUAUCAGGAAAAAAAAAAAAGUUCUUCCAGAUGCCACAUCCUGCAACUCAAUGGCCAGAAUCAUGUCACCUGCUUUUUAGGUGUGCACUCCCACUAAUGGUAUAUAUCAAUUUCUACUUCUCAAUUUUUGCCAACACUUAAUAUUAUCAGACUUUUAAAUUUUGCCAAUCUUAUGGAUAUGCAAUGGUAUGCUAUUGCUUUUAUUUGUAUGGACUGAACAACUUUUAAUGUUUGUUGACCAUGAUUAAGUGAAUUUCCUUGCUCAUUACAAUGUUGUCAAGUAACACUGAAUAACAGCUAACCACAAAAACAAUGUUAUACAAUAGUAUUUAUUUAGCUUAGUGCCUUUGGGUUGGAUGGGGCAGCUUGUCUAAAGUGGCUGUGUUAUUACGUGGUCUUACAUCUUCCUCCUGGGACUAGUAGGCCAGCCCAGACAAUUUCCUCUCACAACAAUGGCUGAAGUAUAAAAGCCCAAGAGGAGAUACAUGAGGUCUCUUAAGGCUUAGGCUUGUAACUGCCACACUGUCACAUAUUCUAAUAGACCAAAGCAAAUCACAUGGCCAAAAGGGAGAAAUAUCCUCUGGUCUGUUAGUGAGAAGAACUGCAAAGUCAUACAACAAAGUGUGUGAAUGUUGGUAGGGGGUGAUGAACUGGGGCCAGUAAUGUUAUCUACACAAUAUCCUUUCUUAUUUGUAAAACUGGAUUAUCUUUUUCGUAUUGAUUUAUAGGCAUCCUUUAUAUACCCAACAUACAAAUCCUUUAUCAGUUAUAUGCCUUGCAGAUAUCUUCUCUCAUCUGUGGUUUGUCUUUUUAACUCCAUUAAAGAUAGUUUUCAUUAAAAAGCAGCUUUCAGUUUUAAUACAGUCAACUUAUCAAUCAAAGUGUUUUCUCUAUCUUGUUUAAGAAAUCACUAUCUCAAGGACAUAAAGAUAUUUUUUAAAGUUCUGUUUUUCACUUUUAGGGCUUUAAUCUACUAUUGAUUUUGCAUAUGGUAUUCUAAUUUUUUUUCAUAUAGAUAAUGAAUCUUUCUGGCACUGCUUAUUGAACAGCAAAUCGUUUCCCCACUAAUCUGUAAUGCUACCUCUGUUAUUCAUCUAGUUUCCAUAAACUCAUGGAUCUGUUUCUGAGCUGUCUGUUCAGUUUAAUUUGACUAUCUCUCUGCACCAAUACGUCACAGCUUUUUUUUAUUUUUUUGCGGUACGUGGGCUUUUCACUGCUGUGGCCUCUCCCGUUGUGGAGCACAGGCUCUGGACGCGCAGCCUCAGCGGCCAUGGCUCACGGGCCCAGCUGCUUCGCAGCAUGUGGGAUCUUCCCGGACCGGGGCACGAACCCGCGUCCCCUGCAUCGGCAGGCGGACUCUCAACCACUGCGCCACCAGGGAAGCCCCACAUCACAGCUUUAAUUACUAAAUCUCUAAAAUGAGUUCCCCCACCUAGGUCUUCUUCAAAUAACAUUAAAAAAAAAAAUUCUGGGGACUUCCCUGGUGGUCCAGUGGGUAAGACUCCAUGCUCCCAAUUCAGGGGGCCCAGCUUCGAUCUCUGGUCGGGGAACUAGAUGCUGCAUGCAUGCCACAACUAAGAGUUCACAUGCUGCAACUAAAGAUCCCGCACACUGCAACGAAGAUCCUGUG